AUGAACAAUAUUAAGGUGGAAGAAAAAAUAGAGUUUAUUUAUUCAUUACAUAAUGAAAAUAUACUUGACUUAAUUGUAAAUGAGGAAAAUGAAAAAAUAAAUAAGUUAAUUAUUAUAAAACACUAUAAUAAGAAAGAAUAUUAUGUAAAAGAAAUUAAAAAUGAAGAAUUUAACAAAAAAUCUAGUUACUUAGUUAUUUUUCUUUGCAUUGAAAAUCCUACAAAUAGCUUCACAAAUUUAAUAAACAAGGAAGUUUUACAUAACAGUACUUCAAAAAAUAAAAAUGAUAGCAAUUCAUUUAUAAAAAAUAAAAUAAAAAAGAUAGAAAAAAAAAAGAAUAAUAUACGAGAUUAUAAUUCUUAUAAUAAAUAUGAAUAUGAAAACUCAAGGAAUAAAUAUCCUCCUUUAUUACGCAAUUCUUCAUGUAGUUCAUAUUUUUUUAAAAAGUCAAAUGAAAAAAAUUCAGAAAAAAUAGUAAGCAGAAAUGUCUUUUUACUUAAAAAAAAAAUGGGAAAAUAUUUAAAAAAUGCAUAUGCUAAAUAUAUAUAUAAAAAUAAACAUAUAUAUUUUUUUAUUUUUAAUAAUGAAAAUACGCACUAUAUAGAUAGAAAUUUAAGUAUCAAAAAGUUUUUAUUUUUUAAAAGUCAACUAGAUACAAAUUCUAAUAUAACUCUUUGUUAUAAAAACAAAAUAAAUAAUAAUUUAACACAAUUCUUUCUUAUAAUGAAUAAAAUUUACAAAGUUAAAAAAAUUAGCUACUCUAAUGAUGAUACACAGAUAACCAAAAAAAAAUCAUUAGAAUUAUCUUAUUUUAGCAAAGAAAAAAAGAAAAGGUUUUUGAAUCCAAUUUUUACAAAUAGAUUUAUAUCAAAUAAUAAUAGUAAAUUUAUAAGGAAAUGCGAUAUAAAAAGAAAAGACAAUUUUCCAUAUAAUAAUAAAAAAAAUAUAAAGUACUUGAAUAGAAGUUUUAUAUCUUAUCAUAAUUCAUUUUAUAAUAAUAAAGGAAUAUAUGAUAUCAGAUGUAGAACAUUUCCCUACUUAUAUGUUAAUGAAAAAAAUAAAAUAAAAAAAAAUUUUGAAGCUAAUAAAUUAAAGUAUUUUAAAGAUCAUAAUUUUUAUAAAUAUAAUGUUAUAAGAGAAAAUAAUACAGCAAAAGAAAAAAAAAAAAAAAAAAAUUAUAAUGAUUUAGUUAAUGAUUCUAAAGAAAAAAAGAAAAAUGUUUCUUACAAAAAAAAUUUAAAGAAUAAAAAUAAAAUUACUAAUUUAAAUGUCCUGAACAGUACUAAGAGUUCAGCUGUUUUAAGAAGCUAUCCUAAGAAAAAAAAAAUAAAUAGAAUUAAUAAUAUUUUUUUAAAAAAAGAAAAUAAAAUCCACAACAAUUAUUUUGUUGAAAAUUUAGGAAAAUUUUGUAAUUUAAACAAACAUUUAUAUAAGAAAAAAUCCUUCCCUUUUUCUAAGCAUGAUAACUAUAUACAUAAAAAUUAUUUUGAUUCGUCUUAUUUUUCUACCCAGAGAAACUUAAGUUACGAUUUUUACCAAAAAAAAAAAAACUAUAUUUACGAAAAAAAAAAUGAAAAUGUUACCAGAAAAAAUAGUAUGAAUGAAUAUAUAACUAAACUGUACCCAAAAAGAGGGGUAAGUAUUUACUGCAAUAAAUACAAAAGAAAAAAAAUCCAUAACAAAAAAUUUGAGAAAUAUAAAUAUAGUGAAAAUGAUAUGAGAAAUUUAAAUAAAGUAUAUAGUAAUAGUUUUAAUAGAAGAAAAAAUUAUUUUUUUAAUAGUGACAACUUUGAAAAGUUCCCUAAAUUUCAAAGAAUUAAAAAUAAAGAUAAUAAAAAAUAUUUCUGCACAGAUAACGCAAGGAAUAUUACAGUUCAAGCAAAAAGGAAAUCUUAUUUUGAUAAAUAUAAUAGUUGUAAUAAUAAUAGAAAUUUUUUCAUAAAAAAAAAAAUUUUUGAUUAUGAAAAUGAUUACAAGAAAUUACCAAGUAAAUAUAAUUAUAAUUUAAAAAAAAAAAAAAUAUAUUUUUCUUUCCAUAAUUUUAGGAACUUAAAUGAAUUGAAUUGUUCUAAUAUGAGAAAAUAUAAUUCGAAUAAUGGAAUUUUACCAAAAAAUUAUCAAAUAAGAUUAGAAAAAGAGAAAAAUUUUAAUAAAAUGGAUUGCAAUUCAUUAAAUGCUAUCAAUAGUAUAGAUAAAAAUAGGAAGUGUUCUAUGAGUGAAUUAAAGGCAUUUAAAACAAAAAAAGAAAAUGUACAAAAUUAUUUUAAAGAUAUUUCCUCUUCAUUAGAGUACGAUUCGUUUACUAUAAAUGAUGAAAAGGGUUUUAAAAAAGACAUGAAUUUUUCUUUAAACUUAAAAAAUCUACAAAAUAAAACAGAUUUUGAAGUAGAAUUAAAAAAAAUAAAUAUUUCAAAAGAUGGACAAGCCAAAUAUAAUUGUACAAACACUAGAAAAGAAAAGUUAGAGUUCGCUGGUAACCAAUGUGAUAAAAUUUUUCAAAAUAAGAUAUUCGUUAGUGGUUAUAAAUUUCUUUCUAAUAAAUUAAAUAUUGAAGAAAAAGGAAUUACUCAUAUUAUUAAUGCUGCUGGAUAUGAAUGUGUAAAUAAGUAUGAAAAUAUGUUUAUGUAUAGAACGUAUUAUUUAAAAGAUGAUAUGCAUGAUGAUAUUUUUUAUACUUUAUUAGAUUCUUUAUAUUUUAUUAAAAACGCUUUAAAAGAAAAUGAAAAAAAUAAAAUUCUUAUACAUUGUAAUAAAGGAAUAUCAAGGUCAAUAAUUAUUAUAAUUUUUUUUCUUAUGAAUGAAUUAAAUUUAAAUUAUUUUGAUGCGUUUCAAAUUGUGAAAAAUAGUAGAACACUUUCAAACCCCAAUAUGAAUUAUAUUACUCAAUUGUUAAACUUAUAUAAUAUAAAAAAAACUGUACAGAACAUAAAUAAAGGACAAGAAAAUCAACUUAUUAAAGAUAAAACAAUAAAUAAAAAUAUAAUUAACAAAGAUAAUAACACAUUAUUAUCGAAUAAUUUUCAAAUAUAUAAUGAACAAAAUAAGGAUAAUAAUAAAAAUUACAAUGAUAUAAUUUGUCUUUUUAGAAUUGAUCUAGAAGGAAACUAUCUAUCACUUAGAAAAUUAGACAAUUUAGUUCAUCAUGAUAGCGAUAAUGAUUCUACUACUUUGAUUGAUAAAAGAUUUAAUUACAUAAUAGCUAUUAAUUUUAAGGAUUAUUAUUUAAUACUAUUUGAUGAUGCUUAUGAAUCUAUAUUCCAUUCAAUAUUUAAUCAUUUUGUUCAUAUUUCUAGCGAUUUUUUUGGUAAUGUGAACAAAACAUGUAUAAUUAGGUCUCAUUUCAUGAACUUUUUCGAAAAUUUAAAAAUUAAAAUUAAAAUUAUGAAUAGUAUUACCGAUUGUGAUAAACUUUUCUUAAAUAUCCAAAAUUUUCUUAAAAGAUCAUAA